AUGGAAGGCAAGCCGCAGUGCUGGGUGCACGGCACGUACUUCUCGCGCGCGAACAAGCACAUCAAGCGCACGGAGGAACGUUCCCGCCGCAUGAGCUCUGGCGCGCUGUUCGACCAGUCGGAGCUCAAGUCGAACCCGCGCGGAACGCUGAGCGCGUUUAUCGCGAAAUACCCUUCGAUGGUGUCGACGCUGCUGUCGCUGCCGGACUGCGACAUCUUCCUGGAGCUGUGCCGCACGGGUGGGAAGCCGGUGAACUUCGUGCCUGCGAUCACCAAGGACUUCAAGACGUGGUUCAAGAAGGCCUCUCUAGCGACGGAUGAGAGCGCCAUUCCGUCUGCUGAAGAGUGGCUUGCAGCGCUCGCCGCGUCCGUGGGCGACAAGGACUGGCUGAAGGCGCUCAUCUCGUCGACCCACGUCGUUGGCCAUAAGUACGUGAUCGACGCUGCCGGCAUUCGCGUGUUCGACAGAUCGAUCGACAUUUCUGGCCCCGUGAUCGAGAUCGCGAAGAAGGACACAGCGAGUGCCGUUUUGGUGAAUGAGGUUUGCCCAUCAGUGGCCGAGCUGAAAGUCGGCAUCGUGUCGAUGGAGAUGACGUUCCAGCACCACCCUGAGCUGUUGUGCUCGAUCCACGCUAAGGGCAGCGGCUUCAUCGACAAGGUGAUGGCGUUCUACGCCCGCUUCUGGGUGGCCAUCGAGGACAAAAAAGAGGAUUCCAUCACGAAGGAGGAUAUCGUGGCGUAUCGCGCCGCACUGGGUCUCAGCGCGGACGAGGUGGGCGCCGCUGCCGACUUCUUUACGAUCGUAUCGUGGCGUCCGCUGAUCAAGUCGGUGUUCACGAAGGAGGUGAAGGGCAACUUGCUGGACCUGGUGCACCUGAAGCACUCGCACAGACUGCUGUCAUCCCUCAAGAUGUCCGCGAUGUUCAUUCCUGGCGACGACAUUCCGAGCACGUCGAAUGUCGGCAGUCUGCACAUCGACGACUGCAGCAGUGCAGCUGGCUCGAAGGUGGAGAUCGGCACGGUCGAGCUCAAGAGCAACGAGGUGAACGAGAGCCCCGGGGUGGCGUUCCUGCACCAGGUGCAACCGGCAGACGCGAAUGCCGGUGGCAUGUUUGCGAACGGUGGCUCGCACGUGCCGGAGAAGCCGUUGGAGAGAAAUGUGCCGACGAACGCGCUGGCUUACGCCGUGGCUUCGCGCGACCUCAAUCCGAUUCACCGCUCGAAGUACGCCGCCAUCUUGGGCCACCUACCGAAGGGCAAGCCGAUCAUGCACGCUUCGGUCUGCUUCGACAGCAACGUCGUUGACUACGACGUGAACUUCGACGGCAUGGUGUACCCGGGCGACAAGCUGUUCAUGCAGGCGCGCCACAUCGGCCUCGACGACGGCAAGAUAGUUCUGGCGGUGGAGGUUGUGAAUGGUUUCGGCGAGCGCGUGGUUAGCACGCGUGCUGUGAUGAAGCAGGCGCCGAUGGCGUUUGUGUUCAGUGACCAGGGCUCUGCCGCGGUGAACAUGGGCAUGGACCGCUACCAGGAUUCCUCAGUUGCGAGAUUUGGGACCGUGAUGGUGCACAAGAACACGAAGUCCAUUACGGUGCACUUUGGCGACCCUGUCACUGGUGAGGUUACCCCGCUGUUACCAGAGAUUGAUGAAGAUACUGAGAGCUACAGCUUUUCGGCAACGGACGGCCUGCUGUUCGCGACCCAGUUCAGCCAGCCUGCGCUGUCCCUGGGCGAGUACGCUGGUGUUGGCCCCCACUUCAUGGAGGAGGUCAUGUACAAGGUCGUGGACGGCAUCGAGGCGGCUUCGGGUAAGCUCCUGCAGAUUUUGAACUUCAACAUCCAGCAGCGCCAGUACGUGGUUGAUGGUGAGAACGUGAACUUGGAGACGCUGUCGCUGGCGUUGGCUGGGUUCAAGGCCGUGAAGUCGACCGCUCCGGAGGAGGUGGAAAAGGUGAUCGCAGAGUCGCUGGCGCAGACUCGCGCUCGCAAGAAGAAGUGCGAGCAGAGUGGGCGUCCGUUUACGCUGUCCCGAGGCCUGGCGACGACCCCGCUGGUUGGUAUUGACGUGCCGUCCCACUCGCGCGAGCUGCUGGGCGGCGUACCGUCGUUCCGGGCGCUACUGCGCACGAAGUUCGACUUGCAGGUGCUGGAGCGCCAGCUGCCGCUUCUGGUGAACCGGUACAUCCCGAACCUGGUGGCCACUCCGUUCUCGCUGGAGCCAGUGUUGACUUCCCUAUUACUCUUCCAAGCGGGUGACUGCAUCCAUGGGCCCGAGCUCUGGUCAACGGACGGAACGCGGUCAGGGACGACUCUCGUUCUAGACAUUCGCACAGGGUCGACGGGGUCAUUUCCGCGCUACUUGAUGACUUUCGCCGGGCAGGGGUACGAGGCGACGAAAAGCCCGUUCUUGGCGGAGGUGCUGGACCCGAUGCAGUUGCAGUUGACGACGAAGGCCCACCUCGCGCACCUUCUGGUGGUGGAGCUGCUGGCGUACCAGUUUGCGAGUGGUGUUCACCGCUUCGUGGAGAUUGAUCCUGCUCCGACGUUGACGAACAUGGCGCUGCGCACUGUGCAGGUUGGUGACUUCCCAUCAGUGCCGCGUGAGAUUCUGUGGUACCAGCGCCACCGCGAGGUUGUUCACUUCGAGGAGGCGACGUCGAACAUCUCUGCAUCAGAGUACGCGCGCGGUCUGGCUGCCGAGGCUGUGGCUGAGGCCCUGGCCGCCGCUGCGAAGGCUGCUACUGCGUCUGCUCCGAAGGCGAAAGCGGCUCCCGCGGCGCCGGCCCCUGUCGCUGCUCCGGUUGUUGUCGCCCCGUUGGCUCCAGUGCAGGCUGCUCCUGCUCCGGCCCCUGCUGCGGAAGACGCGCCAGUUGCUGCACUUCACAUUCUGCGGGUGCUUCUUGCUGUGCGCAUGAACAAGAGAGCAAGGAAGCCAUGGACGUGA